AUGAGUGCGCUCUUACAAACCACAUAUCUCGGCCAAGUCCAAGGCAAGAACAUCGACGGCGUAACGCACUAUCGCGGAAUCAAAUAUGCUUCUCUGAGGAAUAGGCUCGCAGAUGCAGAGCUGAUUACUUCUAGAUCCUCCGAUGAAGGAGCUUUGGACGCUACAAAGGACGGACCUACGGCCGCUUCUCUCGUCAAUGGGUGCGAUUUUGAACAGAGCGCCAUUCAGCAAAAACUACCCAAGAAGCAGCUUCCGCAAUCUGAUACGGAAUGCCUGAACUUAAACAUCGCUGUGCCAGAGGGAACGACCUCUGCCUCAAAACUUCCAGUUUUGCUAUUCAUACAUGGCGGAGGUCUCAACAUUGGUGCCAACUCGUGGCCACAAUUCGACUGGACUCGAUUAAUCAAGUUGUCUGUUGAGAAGGGCGUCCCUAUUUUGGCUGUUGGACCCAACUAUCGCCUCGGCGCCUUCGGAUUUCUGACAUCGGAAGAGCUUCGUGCUGCAGGGUAUAAAGCCAACAAUGGUUUCCGUGAUCAGCGAACUGCUAUAGAAUGGGUGCAUAGACAUAUCCGUGACUUUGGCGGUGAUCCAGAUAACAUUACACUUGCAGGAAUGAGUGCUGGUGGAGGCUCGGCCACCCAGCACCUUCACUCUACGAUCCCUCUCUGCAAACGUGUACUAUCGAUGAGUGGACAGAACAUUCUCCUGACCCCUCUGCCGUACGCGGUGCAUGAGGAGGGUUACGAAACGGCCAUCAAGGCCUGGGGCUUCGACAAGCUAUCACCUGAAGAGCGCAUCAAGGCAAUAAUCGAAUCGCCAGCCGCAGAGCUCGUGGCAAAGAUACCUCCCAAUGUUGCCCCCAACUUUGCUAUUGACGGCGAUUUGAUCCCCAAUCCACCAACUUUUGCUCAGAUUUCAGACAAGUCUACGACUAGCUAUCCUGCGGGAAAGAGCUGGUGCAAGGAGAUACUCAUUGGCGAUGCUCAGCAUGAUACUAGUAUAUUCGGCAUCCGUCUUGGAUUUCAGGCCAAGAAUGCAGCACCACGAUUCAUAUCCACCCUUGGAAAAGCCCUCUCGGCAUACCCAUCCGAAAUUUCCUCCGAAUUACUAUCGUCAUACAACAUCUCUUCUACGACCCCGGAUAAAGAAGCGUUUGACCAUAUCCUCGAGUUCACGAAUGAUGUUCUAUUCUACGCACCGGUUCUAGCAUACGCAUCCGGGUGGCCUGAAGACGGCAAUGCAUAUGUCUACUACUUCAAUGAGCAGAAUCCAUGGGAAGGCCCCUUCAAGGGCCAAUCCACACACAUUUUGGAUUUGGCUUAUUUCUAUCAGAAUUUCAAUGAUUACCUGACACCCGAGCAGCAGGAGGUUGCACGAGCUUUUGCUGAGGAUCUCCUCAAGUUUGUUACUGGCAAAGCGCCAUGGGAGCCUUGCAAGGGAACGGGUGAGGAUUUUAGAGCGAGAAUUUUUGGACCAAGUGGAAAGCAGCAGGUGAGACGACUUGUGAAGGAUGCUUAUGGGGGUGAGACGCAGAGAAGAGGUGUGAUUCCGAAGCUUGCGAGCGAGAAGGGUGUGAAGCUGGAUGAUUUGACUGGGGUGUUCUUUGCAUUUUUGGGCACCUUCUCUCCAUAG